AUGCCCGCCCGCGACAUCGCGUCCCACAACACCAUGAUGACGGCCUACGCCGCCUCCGCCGCCACCAUCGACGCCGCGCGCCACCUGUUCGACGGAAUGCUCCUCCGGAACGUCGUGUCCUGGAACGUCAUGAUCAGCGGCUACCUCAAGGCCAAGCGGCCCGAGCAGGCGCUGGAGGUCGUGCGGCGGAUGGCGGGGGCCGGGGUCAGGGGCACGGCCACGACCAUGGUCGGCGCGGCCACCGCCUGCGCCCGGCUCGGCCGGCUGCGGGCCGGGCGGGAGGUGCAUUGCGCGUACCUGCGCCGCUUCGAGGAGGACAACCUGCUCUUCUGGACCUCGCUCGUUGAUAUGUACGGCAAGUGCCGGAGGGUAGGCUCUGCCAGGAAGGUGUUUGAUCGGCUCGAGACCAGGAACCUGGUUUCAUGGAACGCGAUGAUCGUCGGCCAUUGCGUGUACGGCGAGCCUGGUGACGGGAUUCAGCUGUUCCAUGAGAUGGUUGGACGAGGUAAUGGUUCGGAUGGCCAGUUGGUUUUGCGACCGGAUGAAGUCACUUUCAUUGGCGUGCUCUGCGCGUGCACCCGGCUAGGCCUCCUGGAUGCCGGGAAGGUGUAUUUCGAGCAGAUGCGUUCGACGUACGGUCUCAGGCCAACCUUCGCGCACUAUUGGUGCAUGGCAAACCUGUACGGCAGCGUUGGCCUGCUGGAAGAGGCCGAGGGCCUCUUGCAGAGCGUGCCAGAGGAGCUGAAGGCGCGUGCACUGGGUGGUUUGCUCGGGCUGUGCCGGUUCAGGGGGGAGUGGGAACUCGGGGAACGUAUAGCCCUCAGGUUGAUCGAGCUCGAACCGAGUAACUGCGCUCACUACGCACUGCUCUGCAGCGUAUAUGCUUCGGCGGGGAGAUGGGAAGAUGCUCACAGGGUAAAGGCUAUCAUAAAGGAAAGCGACGAGAGGUUCAGUCCCGGGCAUCGUCUGGUGGACUUGAACGCGAUUGCCAACCAGUUCAAAGUUCGUGAGAGGCAGCCUGAGAAUCAGGACAUAUACGUUAUCUUGGAUGACUUGGUGUCGAAGGUGAAGUUAGCAAGCAGACCAGAUGUGCAAACUGAACCUGGGUUAAAAUAGUCCAGUAUAAGCUUGCAGAACAUUUCCGAGCUGCACAGUUUUUUGAGCAGGCAGCUAGCAGGAACAGCAGGCUAUGUAAGAACACAUGGCUGCAAGAAGUGUAUCCUGAGGUGGAUUCGUGCGAAGCUGCUUAAGGUUUAUCUUUCGUCUGAAAUGUUUGAGUUGAUACAUUGCACAUACAGAUGGAUGCUAGUAACACGCCACACUCCAUACAAGAAACUUGGAAUGCCCUGUUCUUCAUUGAAACCUCUGAUGCAUGGUUCUGCUUGGAUGGACAAAGAUCGAGCUCUUGAGAUGUUAACAGAAGGGUCAUGUUGCUGCAUUUCUGCUGGUUCAUGUAAUUUGAAAUUACAAGGUUGGGUAUGCUGCGAUGAAGGAAACAGAGCUAAAGGGCUGGCCUCUCGUUAUUCUGGUGGGAGCAAAUUAUUAGCUAUACAUUUGACAGAGCGUGGAGGGCAGCGGCGAGAUUUCCUUUUACUUUUACCUGCACUGACAGUCGACUGUAAUUGGCACAAGGCAAGUUCAAGAAAACCCAAAUCUUGUGUACAGUAGAGUUCUUACCCUUUUUCUUACACUUCUUUAUGGUCAGCUGAUCAGGUGAAUGUCUCCUGAUGAAAUUUUGAUAAUGCCAUUUGAGCCAUUGUUGUAGAAGUAGAAAAUAAUUGACUACAUGGAUUUGUUGUGGUUCUAUCACUCUAUUAAACAGAUAAGAUACCAUGACACACGGUUGAAUCUGAAUGUUGUCUUUUUUUAGCUAUCACGUCUUUUGACAGUUCUUUUAGCUUUUACAAC